GUCGCCUCGUCGUGUACACGUUGGGUAGUCGAGCCGAGGGCCGAGGUGAGCGACGUUCCGAAGUACGCGACGACGACGACGACGACGACGACGAUAUUGUUGAGAGAAAAAAAAAAAAAACACCCCGUGUCAUGCCACCGCCUUGACUAAAAAUUUAAAAGGGGGAGAGCUCGAGGCGCCCCGGAACACCUGCGAUUCGUUUGUGAUUCGUGAUACCGCCGAUACAACGUGAGUAAUAUACAAGGAUAAAUCGCACGUCGCACGACAACCCCCACGGAUCAUAGGAGAUACGACCGUCGGUCCGAUCAGCGGUGCAGCUUUCUUUCUCUAUACGUCGUGUAACGUCGCUUCUGGAUUUAGAGCGCAGCACUAAGGAAGAGGGGGGGAAAAACCGAGGAAGCUGUGCUGCACCAGAAAGUGAUGUUACAGUAUCAGCUGGAGGAGUAUCUUCCCUACGUAGGGGGUGCGGCGGGUGCUCUCGUCCUUACCGGGGUCGCCGCGUACUUUGCGUCGCGUCCGACACCGCAGAGGCCACUCGUCCCGUUGGAUGCUCAGGCGAAAGUCCUUCCGGGUGCCGAACUUAUAAGGGUGUCAAAAUUUUACAAGGAAGGAAAGGAAGGGAAAUUCGUCAGCUACAUUCACGAGGAUACCAGAACGCUUUACGAUGCUUUUCGAAGGGGCGCCAAAGAGUCUAACAAUGGUCCGUGCCUUGGAUGGCGGGAGGGUAGGAACAAACCUUAUCAAUGGAUUCACUACAACGAGACGUUGUUGAGAGCCAGAAAUCUCGGCUCCGGUUUGAUAUCCUGCGGUCUGAUACCCGGUCCUCAGACGCUAAUAGGUCUCUACAGUCAGAAUUGCCCCGAAUGGGUUCUCACGGAACAAGCAUGCUACAAUUAUUCUCUGGUUGUCGUUCCCCUCUACGACACCCUCGGUCCGGACGCGUGUGCCUACAUAAUAAACCAGGCUGAAAUAAGCCUAGUCGUAUGCGAGGACGACAAAAAGUGCAACUUACUAUUGGACAAAGCUCCCAGAUGUCUGAGAAAAUUGGUCGUCAUGAAGGAGAUAAGGCCGGCCACCAAUCAACGCGCCAAGAAUCGCGGGGUUGAACUUUUGAAGUUCGACGACGUCGAGCGUCUAGGUUCUCAGAAGGAUCAUCCGGAAGUUCCGCCACGUCCCAUGGAUCUCUGUACGAUAUGCUAUACCUCUGGGACGACCGGAAAUCCAAAAGGCGUUAUGCUGACCCAUCAAAACGUUGUCGCCGGUGUUUGCGCCGUUAUACUUCAGUUCGGCGAUCACAAACCGACGGCUAAUGACGUAAUGAUCAGUUUUCUACCCCUCGCGCACAUGCUGGAACGAUGCUGCGAAAAUGGAAUGUACAUGGUGGGCGGUGCUGUCGGUUUUUACGGCGGAGACAUCAAAUAUCUGUCGGAAGAUAUGAAAGCUCUUAAGCCUACCGUCAUGCCCGCUGUUCCAAGGUUACUGAAUCGGAUCUACGACAAGGUAACCGCGGAACUCCACGGCUCAUUUUUGAAACGAAUGUUAUUCAGCAUGGGACUGAGAGCGAAAGAGGGAGAAGUUAAGAAAAGUAUAGUACGAAACAACAGUUUCUGGGACAAAAUCGUUUUCAAAAAGAUACAAGACAGUAUGGGAGGAAGACUCAGAUUGAUCAUGGUUGGAUCUGCACCCCUGUCAGGAAACGUUCUCACAUUCGCACGAUGCGUUCUCGGCUGUCUCAUCGUCGAGGGUUACGGACAAACGGAAUGCUGUGCACCCAUCACUUUAACGGUCCAGGGUGACCACGUGCCAGAACACGUGGGACCGCCGGUGGCCUGCUGUUGCGUAAAACUCGUUGACGUUCCCGAAAUGGAAUAUUUUGCCGUUAGCAACCAGGGGGAAGUUUGCGUAAAAGGUACAAAUGUGUUCGCCGGGUACUUCAAGGAUCCGGAAAAAACGGCGGAGGUCAUCGACGAACAAGGGUGGCAUCACACGGGGGAUAUCGGCAUGUGGUUACCAAACGGGACGCUGAAAAUAAUCGACCGUAAAAAACAUAUCUUCAAAUUAUCGCAAGGCGAGUACAUUGUUCCUGAGAAAAUUGAAAAUAUAUAUAUUCGAAGUCAAUAUGUGCACCAAGUUUUCGUCCAUGGUGAGUCGUUGAAAUCCUGUGUCGUCGCGAUCGUUAUACCGGAUGUGGAUGUCGUCAAAUGUUGGGCGUCUGAGAACAGAAUUCCUGGUACGUUGAGCGUAUUAUGCGCUAAUCCUGAAGUUAAGAGGCUCAUCUUGGACGACAUGAUAGCGUGGGGAAAAGAAGGCGGCCUUAAAUCCUUCGAACAGGUGAAGGACAUCUACCUCCAUCCAGAUCCAUUCUCGGUACAAAAUGGCCUUUUAACGCCGACGUUGAAGACGAAACGACCGCAGCUCAAGGCGUAUUUCAAACCUCAAUUAGAAGAUCUUUACCAGCACUUAGGUUGACCGGGUCGCAGACCAGGAACGGAUCAUUAAUUAAUAAUACAACCACCUCACUCCAAAACGAUGAACGCCUUUUAGACCAAGAAGCUAUCGACACUUGAUAUACAUUUAUUACAUCAUUUUCACCAUUACAUAGUCUUGAAAGAGGAACACUGAAUAAGCUAUUAAGAUAAUGAUAAUAUUAUAAAUAAUAAAACAGGUUAUUGUUAAA